AUGACAACGAUGCAUCCGAGUCGUACUGAGAGGCAGCGGCAGGACCUGCAUACCGCAAGUGAUCUGGAUCGUCGUAUGAACGACCUUGCGGCGGCAGAGUUGUACGAACAGAUAUUACUGGGUUGUGUGCGUGCCGGGAUGAAUCCUAAUGAGAAGAGCGAAGUGGAAGAAUACGAAGGGUACGUUGAGCCCACGUUUGACCCUGUGCAGGGGGAUCGGGUAGCUGCGGCGAAGCGGUCGCAACUUUUGGAGACCUACUGCGAGCGUGAGAACAUCAUUCGGAAUCUUCGGACCUCACCACAGCACAUGCAGCUCGGCUCUUUCGACCGUCUCUUGAUAGAGACAGAGUACUGGACAGGCGUGAGGGAGUGGAGCGGUGGCAAUAAGGGCGGCAAUAACAAGCGUCUGCGCCGCUCCCACGGUGACGACACAGAUGAAGACCCAGUAGGAUUUGAUAUUCUGCACCUUACUGGGACCCCGCCAUACAUACGGGGCAAACUGCGGCCGUAUCAAAUUGAGGGUGUGAACUGGUUGUUGGGUCUUUUUUCUCGCAAUAUAAAUGGCAUUCUGGCGGACGAGAUGGGUCUUGGCAAAACGCUGCAAACCAUCGCGACUCUGGGGUAUCUAAAGUUUACUUACGGACUCCCCGGACCACAUCUUGUGGUCUGCCCGAAGUCUGUCAUGGGCAACUGGUACCGGGAACUCAAGCAUUGGUGCCCGGCGCUUAACGCCUUUAAGUUUCACGGGUCCAGUGAGAUUCGUCCACAGCUUAUAAAGUCACAUCUUCAGCCGUACGAAAAGUUGAAAUACGACGUUGUUGUGACCACGUUUGAGAUGGUACUCGAGGAGCUAGCAACGUUCAAACGCAUCCACUGGCAGUAUUUAAUUGUAGAUGAGGCCCAUAAACUCAAAAAUGAAGAGAGUCGCGCCCACACUGCCUUGGAUUCUCUUAACACGAAUCACCGUCUUAUUAUUACCGGAACUCCAUUACAGAACAACCUCAAGGAGCUAUGGGCCUUGCUGCACUUUCUUGCUCCACGCCUUUUCGACAAUGCCGAAUCCUUUGAGGCCUGGUUUGACACCGCGAGUGGUCAACAGGAUAGUAAUGCCAUGUCAAACAUGCACAAAAUACUUGCUCCGCUUAUGAUUCGUCGUGUAAAAUCGGAAGUUAGCACCGGUAUUCCACCAAAGAAGGAAAUUUAUGUCGCCUGCAAGCUGACUAAAACGCAGCGCAAGUGGUACAUGCACGUAUUGGCGAAGGAUGCUGAUGCACUUAACAAGGCAUCUGGAGGGAGCAUGUCUUCUCUCACGAAUAUCCUGAUGAACUUGCGCAAAGUCAUUAACCACCCGUAUAUGAUGAAUGGUGGGGAGGAAGGGCCACCCUUUAUCACAGAUGAACGCAUUGUGAAAUACAGUGGAAAAAUGUUGAUUCUCGAUAAAUUGCUGCAUCGCCUUCAACGUGAGGGGGAUGCGAAACACAGGGUUCUUAUCUUCUCACAGUUUACUACUAUGUUGGACAUCCUGGAGGAUUACUCUGCAAUGCGUGGAUUUAAGGUGUGCCGUAUAGAUGGCAACACAAGUGGGUACGACCGUGACGCCCAAAUGGCGGCCUUUAAUUCACCCAACAGUGAUCAUUUUAUUUUUCUACUCUCUACCAGAGCGGGGGGUCUUGGUAUCAACUUGCAGGCAGCAAACCAUGUUGUCAUCUACGACUCUGACUGGAAUCCACAGAUGGAUUUACAGGCGCAGGAUCGGGCUCAUCGAAUUGGCCAAACAAGGGUGGUACGUGUCUACCGUUUUAUAACAGAGGGUACAGUGGAGGAAAAGAUCUACCGCCGCGCACUAAAAAAACUCUACCUUGACGCAAUGGUAGUGCAGCAUGGGCGUAUGCAGGGACGUGGCGGAAACAAUGCCUCCAAAGAGGAACUUCUUUCCAUGAUCAAGUUUGGUGCGGAGGAGAUUUUCAAGACCAAGGAUGAGGACAUUACGGAGGCUGACAUUGAUCAACUCUUCGAUGGGGAGGAGAGGUCCACGCAGCUCAACUCUGCCAUUAAGGAACAGGUUCAAAUGUCAUUGGCAAGUUUUCAACUCGGUGCAGAGGAAGCAAAUGUUUACGACUUUGAGGGCGUAAGCUUCAAGACCGGUGCCGAGUCACGUAUGCUUCACCUCUCACUUUCAACCCCGGUCUCACAGGAUGAGUUGCACCGGCAAUGUUCCGGGCACGGCGAGGUAACAAAAGUAGUCUUGCACCCAAACCUCUCCGAAGCUCUUGUAUUUUUUCGCUCCACAAGUGGCGCCAUUGAAGCUAAGGAUAAUCUGCCGUACAACUGUCAAUUCGCCUCAAAGGAUGCACAAAUGGUUGUGCCCAAGGAAAUGAUUACAGAAUAUCUGAACGUUGGUGAGAAACUUGGACGUGGUCACCGUUUGCGGGAGGCGAUUCGCCAUUAUACAGAAGAGGAUGUGGAACUUAUGCAAAGUCGUGUCACAAAGGCCCCUCGUUUGCGCCUUCCAAAGAGCCCCAAGUUCCCCCCACAUCAGCUGUACAACGCCAAGCGCCUACAAGAACUUUACGCGACGGAAAUUGCCUUGAUGGUGCAGAAUUGGAAACGAAAAUAUGAGCCCUCGGGUGACGGAGAUGCGGAUCAACGGGAGCAUCAGGAAGGCAUGGGAGAAGAGGUGACCGAUUGCAACACGGGAAAGGAGGAGGUGGAGGAGGACGAGACACUGACUAUCGUGGAGCAAGAAGAACGGGAGCGGCUUCUUAAUGAGGGGUUCUCCAAUUGGAGCUUUCAAGAGUAUCGCCGCCUUAUUGGGGCACUUACCAGCGGCGCGUAUGAUGUGACUGAUUACCCGGGACUUGCUAGUGUUAUUGCCUCUGAUAAGACGGUGGGGGAGGUGCGUGAUUAUUUGACGGCUGUCCUCGAGCGUGGGACGCAGUGUAUUAAAGGGUUUUCACAUAUUGAACAGCGUAUCAGGAACGCUCAGGAGAAACGAAAGAGGAAAGAGGAUGAACUGCGUGCCGCCAAGUGGAAGGUUGAGAGCUAUGAUCAUCCGGAGUUACAACUCACCUUUAGGGGACGUGGAGCUCAUGAAUUUGAUCGUCGGCUUUUCCUCAUGGCGUACGACACGGGUUUUCGAACGAAGAAUAUAGGCCGAGUUGUGAAGGGGAUGCCAGAGUACCGCUUUGACGUGUGGUGUCAAUCAAGAAGCGACUCCUACUUUGAACGUAGGGUGGGGAUUCUAAUGAAAUCAGUGAGGAGAGAGUGGGAGAAACCAAACGGCGAGACGCUGGAGCCACCACUGCGUCGCCCAAAACUUGACGCUGCUGCAACCGAUUAA